UAUAAAAAGCGAUCCAGUGGUCCGGUGCCUGGCUGAGCGUGAGACCGUACGAAACCCCCUAAAUUACCACUGAGCGUGAGAUCAGGCGAGCGAGCGGCGGCGGCGGCAGUGAAGCCUUCUCUUCUCAACACCCCAGCCCCCAACCAGGGAUCCACAGCCGGAGGCGGCGGAGUGGAAUUCUGACAAGAGAUGGAGGGGGGACUCAGGAAGAAGACGGAGAUCAAGUCCGGGAAGAUGGAGGCCGGCCAGGGGACGGAGAUGGAAGGGGAGCUCAGGAAAGAGCAGGAGAGGAUCAGGAAGCUUCGGGACCAACUCAUCAAGAGUUGUGAAUCCUCCACGGACCCGGCGACGCAAAGGAUAUUCUUGGAUCAGCUGGAUAUACUCUGGAGGGAGGAGUACGCACUCCGCACGAAGAUGAGUAAGUCCGGGAUGGAGAUUCAGAGGGCUCCCGGUUCCGAUACCGAUUCCGAUUCCGAUUCUGGCAAUGAGAUGGGCAGUUCGGGGGUGCACCCAUACCUCAUAAGGAUGGAGUGGAGACUGAGGAAGGAGACGGAGAGGGAUUCCAGCAAGGGGACCGAGAUGGAGUCCGGCAAAGAGCAGGAAAUGGAGGGGAAACUCAGCAAGGAGCACGAGAGACUCAGGAAGGUUCGGUACCAACUCAACAAGAGGUGCGACUCCACCAAGGACCCGGCGACGCAAAGGAUACUCUUGACUCGGCAGGAGAUACUCUGGACCAAGGAGCAAGCACUCCUCACGGUGAUGAGGCAGUCGGGGAUGGAGAUUGAGAGGGAUCCCGAUUCCGAUUCCGGCAAUGAGAUGGGCAGAGAUUCGCCCCUCAUAAGCAUGGAGUGGGGACUCAGCAAGGGGACGGAGAGAGAUGCCAGUGGCAAGGAGAUGGGUCAGAUGGGUCAUGACGACUUGGUUGUUGCUCUUUCUAGCCACCUUGAGGUGCUUAGGAGGGAGAUCUCGUUCCUGAGGACAGAGGUCACGUCCCGGGGCAAUGGGUUGGCUGGAAAUGGAAACAAGGCUGAUCAAGAGCACAUCAUCAUGUCUAACCUGUCCCUCGAUGACACUCUACUCAAGAAGAAGCUGUCAGUGAUGAUGGGCACCCUGCUGCUUUGUUUUGUUGUGAGUGGCUGAUACUUCUUCUCCGAAUGAACUAUAUACAUUCAUAAGUGGUCCUGGUGCAGGGGGCGAAGGAGAAGAUCUGAUCUGGUGGGGAGGGACAAGGCCUUGCUCGAGUUGCUGCUGUUCAUGGUCUUGGAACAACAAACGCAAGGGAAGAUGCUCAAUGGUAAAGAGGGGGCAGAGAGCUAUCUGUGAGGCCUACAGCGGGCAGCGCCGCAGCGGCACCAGCAGGCGUUUGGUUUUACGCAGCCGCAGGUGCUGGACAGGAGCAGCGGAGCGCGUUUGGCGGCAUGCCGGAUCUGCUCCUGGUCCGCGUGAGAAGGCUGACCAAGCAAGGGCAAGCAAAAGGAGAAUGUGAACAACGUAAUGAUGUUCGACCAGGCCACCUACGACAAGCUGCUCAGUGAGUGAAUGGGAUGUAAAUAUCCGAAGAGACAGGUAUGCAUCUUGGACACUUUCUGGCAUACGUUACCAUUGCUGAGAAUGAAGCUACCGGAAGGGAGUGUUAUGAAUUUAUGCUGCUGGGACAGGGAGGGGGCUAAUUUGAUGAUGGUUAGGACGGCAACGAAAUCUCGUAUGCGCUGGAGAUGGACGGAAGGCUGUAUUUGAUCUUGUGGAGGGAGGGCUCCGGGCGGGAAUACUGAUGGGUGGAGCUUUGUCGGUGUCUUGUAUUAUUUAUUGCAGUAUAUAUCCGAGCUUGUCGUUUGGGUUGCUGUAGAAUUAAUGUGAUGUUGUGGAGAGUGCUACUCGUCCUAGGUUUUCCUUGUUUUGUAUCCACACAGGUGAUGCCACGCGGCAAGGUCCUGCUUCUUUGAGGAGUAGUGUAUAUAGGAGAGGUGCAUUUCGGAAUUGAGGAAAGAUAUGCUUGUUGCAGCUGUGUUUCAUAUAUCAGGCUAAUGUAAAUUUUGAAGUUUAUUA